AUGAAGAGAUUACGGGAUGAGCAGGAGGCGGUGCAGAAGAGGACGUUCACGAAAUGGAUCAAUUCCCACUUGGCGAAGCGUGUCCCUCCUCUGGUGGUGAUAGACCUGUUUGAAGACAUCAAGGAUGGCGUGAAGCUGCUGGCUCUGCUGGAAGUCCUCUCCGGAAACAAGCUGCCAUGUGAGCAGGGUAAGAAAAUAAAGAGGAUCCACUGGGUCGCCAACAUCGGCACAGCUCUCAACUUCCUUGAGGGUAGGAAGAUCAAGCUGGUCAACAUCAACUCAACAGACAUUGUUGACGGACGACCAUCAAUCGUACUGGGGUUGGUGUGGACCAUCAUCCUCUAUUUCCAGAUAGAGGAGUUAACCAGUAGCCUUGCAGCUCUCCAGGCCAGCAGCACCUCCUCACUGGACAGCUCCAACAGCAGCACCGACACAUCCAGCCCGCCUGUCAAAAGGAGACCCCCCCCACCUCAGGGCGGAGCCAGGAAGGCCUUGCUGAGAUGGGUUCAGCAGACAGCCACCAAACGCUUGGGCCUGGAGGUGAAGGACUUUGGCCCCAGCUGGCGCACAGGUUUGGCAUUCCUCGCAGUCAUCCACUCCCUCCGGCCCAAUCUCGUGGACAUGGAGCGCGUAUUGAGGAGGACCAACUGUGAGAAUCUGCGGGAAGCCUUUUUAUUGGCCGAGACGGAGCUGGGCAUUCCACAGCUUCUGGAGCCAGAAGAUGUUGAUGUGGACAAGCCGGAUGAGAAAUCCAUUAUGACAUACGUAGCCCAGUUCCUGAAGCAUCCUCCUGACCAGAAGCAGAGCGACGCACACAGCCUGCCAGAUGAAGAGGUAACUGUCAGAUUUACGUCAUAUGCUAAUAGUUUGCCUGUUUUUAAGCGAGAGCAGAGGAAGAGCCUGAGGGAGCUCAAAAUGUGGCUCGACCAGCUGGAGAGAGACGCAACACAGACUCAGGAGACCGAGGGCAAUCUCGCUCAACAGUACCAGCUGUUCAAGAGUCUACGUGUCCAGUUGGAGAUGAGGAGGAAGCCGGUGGAGGGAGCUUUACAGUCCACUCAGAGAGACGGGAUUCUGACUGUGGAUCAGGCUCUGGUCAAACAGGCCUGGGAAAGGGUCUCCAACAGGCUCCUGGACUGGCAUCUGCAGCUGGACAGGUCUCUCCCGGCUCCUCUGGACACGGUGGGGGCGUGGCUGCACGAGGCCGAAGGAGCCCUGCGACAAGAGAUCGUCGUCCAGCAAGCGCACGACGUGACGGCUAAGACCGUCCACAGAGCUCUAGAGCAGCACAAGGAUGUGUUGAAGAGUCUGAAGAGUCACCAGCAGGUCUUCCAGAGGAUUCAUAAGGACAGAAGUGUUGAUGGAGUCCCUGUUCCCCCGGACCAACUCCAGGACAUGGCAGAGAGGAUAAACUUUGUCUCCACAUCCUCUAGCGUCCACUUGGCUAAGAUGGAAUUCCUGGAGAACAAACACAACAUGCAGGCUUUCCUCUCUCUGGCCGAGACAAAGCUCAAAUCUUGGAUCAUCAAAUAUGGGCGACAGGAGUCUGUGGAACUGAUGCUCGACAACUAUGUCUCAUUUGUGGAGAAGCAACAUUUCUUUGAAAAUUACGAGGCGUUCUUCCAGUCCCUGAAGCAGUCUGCAGAGGCCUACGUCAAAGCUGACAGCUCAGUGGAGGAGGGCGAGAUGGGGGUGCGCAGGUUCAUGCGGGAGGUGGUGACUCAGUGGAGGAGUCUGUCCAUGGAGCUGCGCAGCGUGAGGAGCAUGCUGGAGGAGGUGCUGUCCAACUGGGAGAGGUACAGCUCCACGGUGGCCUCCUUACAGGCCUGGUUGGAGGACGCAGAGGAAGCCCUGAGCCAGCCGGAAAACACUAAAAGGGAGUUUUUCAGGAAUCUCAGCCACUGGAUGGAUCAGCAUUCAACCAUGAAUGACUCCGGGAACUUCCUCAUUGAAACGUGUGAUGAGACUGUGUCACUUGAUCUCAAGCAGCAGCUGCUUCUGUUGAAUGGACGGUGGAGAGACCUCUUCCUCAAAGUCAAGCAGUAUGCAAGAGAGGAUGAGUUGGAGAAGUGGAGGAAAGACCACCUGAAGGCCUCGUUGGCCCUGAAAGUGCUGCUGGACUCAGCAGAGGUCAAACUCAAUGCCCCUGUCCAAGUGUCUUUCCUCAAUGUCAGAGGCUUCCUACAGGACGUGGAGAAUACCAAGCAAAAGGUUGUUGCCAUGGAGACACAUUACAAGUUGGCAGCCCGCAGUGCUCAGCUCCUCGCCAAGGAUGCACCACAGGAUGAGGCUGCCAGGGUCAUGGCCACUAUGACAACAGCCAAAAGUCAGCUGAGUAAGGUGCGAGAGCGAUGCCCCACCCUAGUGAGGGAGUGUCAUGUCCUUCUGCCACUGUUGGAGGAGAUGGAGAAACACAUCAGUGCUUUCUAUCAAGCCCUGGAGCGAGCCAGUCGCAUCACUGCUGCUGCAAGAGACCAACACUCACAGGCGCAGGCCCAGCACAAACAAAAGUGGCAGGAUUUAUUGAACCAGCAGCAAAACUGUAAAAGAUGUCAAUCUGUGAUUGAGAGGAAUCACCACACCCUGCACAGGACGCUCUCCAACAGUAAGAUGCUCCGGAACUUCGACCUGUCACUGCUGCAGAAGAGAGUGGCAGAAAUACAGAGCUCAGCACAGGCUUUGUUGAAGGAGGUCGGGGACUGGAGACGGCAGGAAGAGGCCAACAACUGCCUGAGGAGAAGGUUUGAGGAAUCCCAACAAGAGCUGGAGAAGGUGCUGAAGAGAGCUCAGGGCUGCUUGAGGGAGACUGGAGAUGCUGACGAGCUACUGAAGAAACAUACUGAUUUUUUCGGACAACUGGAUCAGCGCAUGCUGAGUGUGUUCCUGAAGGCGUGUGACGAGCUGACGGACAUCCUACCACAGGAGGAACAGCAGGGGCUGCAAGAAACUGUCCGCCGGCUGCACAAACACUGGAAGGACAUCCAGGGCGAAGUGCCAUCUCACCUGCUGCGCCUGAAGGUGGAGGUUGAGCAAAGUCGACUGGCUGUGAUCCUCCAGGACUGCAGAGCAGAGCUGGACAGAGAAGUGCGAGCUCUGUCUGGCACCUGCACCAGCGAGCGAGUGAUCAGGGAACACAGAACUUUCUUCAGGGAGCGCAAACCUCUGACUCUGUGCGAGAAGAGGAUUAGGAACAUGGAGGAUCUGUGUCAUAAGUUGCCUGACAACGACCUGGCUUAUCGAACGCUAGACUCCGCCAGACAGGCUGUCGAAAAGGUUACGCAGCAAAUUAAAAACACCCACCUGAAACUGGAGCAGCACCCGGACAAAUGGAAAGAGUGGAACGAGAGGUUCUGUGAACUGUCUGAUUGGCUCUCAUCUCAGAGGAGGCAGGUGAGGCUCUUGAGAGAGAUGGCGAGGGAUUCCAGCAAUCAGGAGGAAGUGGAUGUGGCUGUUCAGGCUCUGCAGGAAGCAGUAAAUGCCCGAGAGGAGAGCUUACUGUGGCUGAAAAGCCUCCUCGCUGGGCUGUCUGAGGUGAGCUCGGACCUGGAGGUACAGAGACAGAGAACGGCCCUGGCUAAACUCUCCACCGACCUGCGGGCGCUCUUCUCUUCACUCCGUCAGUGGGAUGAGCAGGGAUCUGCCAUGUUUGAGUAUGAGGAGCUGAGGGAGGAGGUGCGCGGUGCUCUGGAGGAGGUGCUGAGAGCACGGAGGGAGGCGGAGGAGCAGACCGGCAGGAUCCUGGAUGCUGAGGAUCUGGAGGAGGCAAAACAACUUUACCAUAUUCACCAGCAACAGCUGAGGCGCCUGCAGCAGAACAGGACAGAGGCAGAACUUCUGGUGUCCCACUGCCGCCAGCUGCAGAAAGGGGAGGCACUCACUCCCUCUCUACGGGAACUGGAGGGAGCCUUCGGAGAGGUCGACCGCAAAGCGGGAGCGAAAGAGCACAACCUGCAGGCCACACUCAGCUCCUGGCAGCAUUUCGAAGCAGAGAGAGAAAUGAUUGGCAGGUUUAUCAUUAAUACCAGCAAUGAGCUGCACAGGGAACUGGUUUUCAACAGCUUGGACAGCCUGAGAACUGAACUGGAACGCAAUAAGGAGCUCUUCACACCGGUUGAGGAAUGUUGCGUGAGAGCAGACCUCCUCUCAGAGAAGGCAGCAGAUAUUGAGCUUGGUCCAAAGAACCAGACUCUUCUCCAGCAGGCCCAGUCCACCAGAGAAGGAGUUGCACAAGUUCAAGACCACCUCAACAAGAAUGUUGUCCAGCUGGAGAUGAUGUGUGUGUGGUGGGAACGCUUCAGCAGCCAAUCAGAGGCUCUUUCCUCCUGGAUCAAUGAGAAGGAGAAGGAGCUUGAGGUCAUCAGUACCACAUCCUCCUUGGAUCCUUUAGAUAAAAACAUCAGUGCAGUGGAGGAGGUGGGGAAGGGUUUAGAGGAGAGGAGGACGGCCCUGGCCCACAUGGAGGCCGACUGUGAAGCCCUGUCACGCUUUGUGACCCCUGGAGAGGCUGGAUGUAUCCGGGCACGACUCACCCAGAUGAGGCGCUACUGGGAAGAGCUGAAGGGGAGAGUGGAGCAGCUGGGAGGACAGCUCAACCAAAACGCCUCCUACAGGCAGCGAUACAAUGAUAACCUGGAACAGGUCAAGAAAACGAUGAGCGAUAUCGAAGAGAAGCUUGACCGUCCGAUGACGUACUGUUCAUCGUCAUCUGAGACCUACAAAAUCCUCCAGAAUCACACGGAGGUCUGCCAGGCCGCUGAGCAGCUGAAGCCCCGGCUGAUGGCUCUGUGUUCGGCCAUGAAGAGGCUCGGAGAGGGCAGCCAGCUGGAGGAAGAGGUGGCUAACCUCCAGAAGCAACGAGGACAGUUUCUGGAAAAGGCGGACGAAAAGCAGGCUUUCCUAGAGAGCCUUCUAGCACUGUGGCAAAGAUUUGAGAAGGAGAACUCGUCCAUGAAAAGCUGGCUGGACAGGUGUGAGUCUGUUUGUUGUCCUGACACCGACCUGCUCUCCGCAGACAAAGUCAAGAUCAGGAAUGAACUACAAAAUGUAGAGGAAAUGCAAGCGGAGACACAGUCCUAUGAGGUUCUUCUCCAGGGUCUCGUGAAUCUUGGACUGUGUCUGUAUCCCACGGCCCCUGAAGCUCGUGUCCAGGAGCUCAGUGAUGUUCUUGCACGGCUACAGGAGAGAUCCACCUCGGUGAAAGACAGCGUAUCACACAGGUUUGAGUUGCUGGAGUCGCAGUUGUCACAGCUCGAGUUGUUCGAUCAGGCGUUGUUGACGUUGAACCAAAGGAGUGAAACCUUCCUGUCUGUGUUGAGAAGCUCUUCACAGGUUGAUAUCGCUGAUCUCGAGGCUGCAAUUAAAACACUGAAGGAGCAGGAGGUUCAACUACAGGCGUAUGCAUCACUGAGAGAGACACUCCAUCAAAGAGAGUCCUCCCUGCUUCGCUCCUCCACCCCAGGAGCCCAACAGCAGCUCCAGGGCUGGAUGGAGGACAGCUUACAGCCCCUCAAAGAAUCCCAGCGUCUCCUGCUCCUCCGCAAAGAGUGCCUGACUGAGCUAAAGACUUUCCUCCAUAAGCAUGGCACGGCGGCGGAGGUUGUGCACCGCCUCCAUGAGGCCGUGGAGGGCAGGGGCAGCUGGGACCGCUCCAAGGCCGAAGAGCUGCAUCACGGAGUAGGGGAAGUGGCAAAAGACGUGGCCCGGCUUGAGGCUGAGGCUGUUAGGUUAGACGGGCAGCUGAGCAAGGCACACCUGCACCUGAGUGGGGCAGAGUGGGGGGGAUCCAGAGACACAAGCCGUCCUCAGGGAAGGACGUCCUGCAGGGGACAGGCUGUGGCCCUCACAAUGGCUCUGGAGGAAGUGCAGAGGGGUGUGGGGUGGAGACAGAGUGAAGCCGACGCGUUAGGGGCCCUGUGGAGCUCCUUCAGGGAGAGGAGGGAAGAGGUGAUGAAGAAUUUGAAGAAACUGGAGGAUGAAGUGAGGCAGGAGGGGCCCAGAGAGAGCUCUGUGCAGGCCUUUCAAAACAGGCUGCGUUUCUUUGUCCAGCUGGAGGACGAGCUCCAGUCCCUGCAGCACUCUCAGCAGUGGUUAGAGGAGAAGGGAAGCCAGCUGGCCCAGAGAGACACUGAGCUGGCUGGGGAGGCUCUCAGGGAGGUAGCCCUGGUGAAGACGGCCUGGGAGAACGUCUGGACUCUGAUCACCAACGGUCAGGAGCAGAGUGGAGUUGUGGUGGAUCUUCUCCGUCAGUUCCACCAGCUGAAGUCCAUCCUCAGCACUGUUGUGGAGAACGCUCAGAGUGUUGCUCACAAUCUGCCCGACCACAACCACAGUGCUCAGGAGGCCAAAUGGACUUUCACACGGCACGAGACAGUCCAAGCUGAGCUCAGAGACAAGCAGGAGGACAUGGACCAGCUCAUCAGUUCAGCUGAAGACCUGCAGAGAGAGCUGGAGAAGGUCCCGACCUCUGACCCGUGCUGCAUCCAGAGAGACAUGGAGACGUUGAGAGACCAGUGGCUGGAGGUCUCAGAGAGAAUACAAACCAACGCUGAGAGACUGGGCUACUGCGUUGCCCUGUGGGACGACCUCAAGGCCAUGGAGCAGGACAUCAGCCAGUGGACGUCCACCUCCGUCGCUGACCUCGCAGACAGCGUCACAAACCUCAGUGACAAGGAGGAGACGGAGGCCCAGCUCAACACCUUUCAGGCCGAGGUUGAGAAGAAGGAGCAGAAGCUUGAUGCCCUGCAGGAAAGAGUGACAGCGCUGAAGGAGCGAGCCAAACUGCAGGAAACCCCGUUACAAAUUCAGGUCCUGGAGUCAGACCUGCGGAAGAAGAUGGCCCAUGCUCAGGAGGCGUACAACCAGGCCAAACACACUCUGACCUACUUCACUUUCCAAAAGCAGCGACUUGAGGACCUCAUGUCCCAGAUGGACGAGCGGCUGGAGGCGGUUGAGGGCUCCUUAUCUGACCUCACUGAAGCGACCUCCCCUGAAGACAUUGGUACAGUCAAGGACCUGCAGAGCACUGUGCAGCAUCAGAGGGCCGACAUGGACUCGGCUCGAGAUGCCCUGACUGCCCUGUGCAGGUCGCAUCCCUCCCAGGAGCUGUCCCUCCUCUCCUCUGACCUCACCUCCAUCGCCAAGCGCACGGAGGCUGUGGCUCAGCGCUGUGCCAAGACCAGGGGCAACCUGCAAGACGAGCUACAGCUUCACUUCAACGAGCUCGUCCAGGGCUUCCACUCCUGGCUGGCGGAUCUAAAGUUGGAGCUGAAAGAAUGUUCAAACCAAUCAGGAGAUGUUGCCGUCCUCGGAUCCAAGCUACAAAGGAUCAAGGUGUCAGUCGAGCAGACGCCAGAACACGAGGAGCGUCUCUCUCAGGUUUGUGAGGAGGCCGAGAGGCUGCAACUCCACCUCCCCAAAGCUGGAGCAUCACAGGUCCAGGAGCAUCUCUCCUCCUGCAAGAGGGAGUGGAGGAACUACCUGAGCAGCUGUUCUCAGAGCCGACGAGACCUGGAGGAGACUAUUGAUCUUCUGGAAAACUUUGAUACUUGUGUGGAGGGUAUAAGAGACUGGCUGAAGCAGAUGGGGCUCAGCCUCAAGAGAGAGCCUGUUUUUGGGGAGGAGAGCCAGCACGGAGCCCCUGACACCACUGAAGAGCUGGAGAGGAUGGAAAACCUCCAUAAGGAGCUUCUAGCAAGAAGGGUCUCCAUUGAGCGUGUCUGCCAGGAGGCCCAGUCUCUGUCUGAAGCAGGCCGUGGGUCAGGAGGAGAGGUCAGAGUGACAGGCCAGCUCCAGAUGGAGCUCCAAGCUCUGCUGAAGGAAGCCAGGGAGAAGCUGCGAGGCUGCCAGGAGAGUCAGGCCUUUGGAGAGACACUCCAGGGAGUUUGGGCCUGGCUGGAGGAGAUCCAGGAGAGACUGGGUACAGUGGACAGCACGAUGGGCACCAAAGAGCAGUUGGAGCAGAGGCUGGAGACCGUGCAGGACAUCCUGCUUUUGAAGGGUGAGGGGGAAGUCAAGCUGAAUAUGGCGAUGGGUAAGUGUGAGUUGGCCCUGCGCAGCUAUGGGGCAGCCGGACAGGAAGUGGUCCGCUCUCAGCUUCAGGAAGUGGAGGAUGCCUGGGCCACGUUGCUUGUGACCGCCAUGAGUUGCCACAGUCGACUGGAGUGGACCGUGACACAGUGGGGGGGGUACCUGGACAGUGCUGCCCAGCUGCGCUGCUGGAUGGAGGCUGUCGAGCGGGAGGUGGGCGGCCCGCUCAAUCCGCAGCCUGGGCCCAGAGAGAAGGCCUCUCAGCUCGAGAGACUCAGAGCCCUGCUGGCCGACCUGGAAGACCACCAGGGUGCAUUGACCAGCCUGGAGGAGAAAGCCAGGGAACUUUUCAAGAAGACUGGUGACGCCGGCUUUAACCAUGGCGCUCGGACACAGCCGCAGGCGCAGUUUGACGACCUCACGGCUUUGGUGGAGGAGAGAGUGCAUCUUGCGCAGGCCGUGGUGUUGGAACACCAAGAAUACCUGGAGGCCGUGAGGGAGCUCACAGAUUGGCUGAUGACUGCAGGAGAGGAGCUGCAGCAUUGGUCUGAUACAUCAGGAGACUCUUCCUGUAUCAAAAAGAAACUGUCCGAAGUGAGGGAGCGUGUGGAGUGUCGAUUACUGGAGGGCCGAGAGCGCCUCAGCCGCGUGCGUCGGAGUGCGGCGACCACGGCCGAGCACACGGCGGCGGGCGGCUGCGAGGCCAUGGACCGUCAGCUGGGGGCGCUGUCACAGGCUCUGGAGCAGUGGGAGGGGGCCGCCCUGAGGGCCCGGGACGGCCUGGAAGGGGCCCUGGCGGCUGCUGCGGCUUCGGAGGAGGCGUACGACCGCCUGACCGCCCGACUGGAGGAUGAGUUGAAAGAGUUUGACGGACGGCUGAGGGGGUGGAGCCAGGAGCUGAUGAAAGCUGAGGGGCGGAGCAACGGCGAGGAAGCAGUGGAUGGAUGGCAGCUGGCGAAGGAUACACUGGAGGGUUUGCAGAGCGCAGAGCCGAUGGCGGAGAAGUUGAAAGUCCAGCUGAACGACCUGGUGCGAUACUCCAGAGACCUGGGAACCCAGUCGGACCGAGUCACGGCGGUCAUCAAACAGCACAACAGUCUGAGUCUGCGAGCCUCCAGAGAAUGUCAGAACAAGGAGCGCUUGUUGGAGCAGCGGUUCCGCACGGCCCUGAGGGAUUUCCAGCAGUGGUUGGUCAACGCCAAAAUCAGCACCGCCAAAUGCUUUGAUGUGCCACAGAGUGUCACAGAGGCCUCCGUCGCUCUGCAGAGGAUCCAGGAGUUCCUGAGUGACAGGGAACAUGGCCAGGCCAGGCUGAGUACAGUGGGAGCCAGUGGAGAGCUGUUGAUGGCCGUGGUGUCCAGGGAGAGAGUGGAGGGGCUCAAGGCCAAAGUGGCAAAUGCGCGGGACGACUGGAAGAGCCUGAUGAAUAACCUGCAGAUGAGGGAGGAGGCACUUAAGAACCUGCAGUCCCAGAUGACAGAGUUCGAGGCCAGUGCUGAACCUCUGCAGGAUUGGCUGAACAGCACAGAGGUCAGAGUUCAGGAGAGCAGCGCUCGGCUCCACGACCUUCCAGCCAAGAAGCAGGAGCUCAGCAAACUACAGUGUGUUCUGGAAGAGAUAGCCAGUCAGGAGGCAGAGCUGGGCAGGCUGAGGGAAAGCGCCCAUCGUCUCUGGGAGGGACAAGCGGCUGGAAAGGGCUUUGUCCACCGUGUUUCCCAGUUGUCUGCACAGUACCUAGCCCUCAGCAACUUAACCAAGGACAAAGCCUCCAGGAUUGAACGGAUCGUAGGGGAACACCGCCUCUUCUCUCAGGGUCUUAAAGAGCUGCAGGAUUGGGUGUGUGAAGCUCAGCAGGUCCUCAGCACCUGCAUCUCCGCCACCACUGACAAGGGCGUGCUGGAGGACCGGAUGUUACAGCUGGAGGCCUUGCUCUCUGCUCGCCAGGAGAGAGAGAUCCAGCUGAAGAUGCUGCUGACGCGGGGAGAAGCGGUCCAGAGAAACACUUCUGUCGAGGGCGUCCCGGUGAUUCGCAAACAGAUCCAGGACCUCAAGGACUCGUGGGAUUCCCUGCUCUUCGCCUCCAUUCAGUGCAAAAGUCAACUGGAGGGCGCUCUGUCGCAGUGGACCAGCUAUCAGGAGGACGUGGGUCAGUUUGUGUUGUGGAUGGACCGUGUGGAGGAGACACUGAGCUGCUCGGACAGACAGUACUCGGAGAUGAGAGACAAGACCGCAAACCUGGGAAAGACCAAGCUCCUCUAUGAGGAAGUACUGAGCCACAACAGUCCUCUGGAGACCAUUGCCACAAAGGGGUCCAACAUGGCUGAACACUACACUACCCAGCAGGAAGUGCAGCAGCUGCAGUGUCGAUACAACGCUCUGAAAGAAAAGGCCAAGAAUGCAGUUGGUAAGGCCAAGAGUCUGGUGCUGGUCCACCAGGAAUAUCAAAGGGAGCUACAUGUGUUUGAAGACUGGCUGGAGCAGGAACAGGCUUCUCUGGCCUCCUUGACCCACCGAGAGGGAAACGGGGAUACAAUCGAGAACACACUGCAACAGCUACAGCUCCUGCAGGAUCACUGCUCACACGGCCAGUCUCUGCUCUCCUCUGUGCUGACCAGCAGAGAGAGGGUGAUCCCCUGGGGAAUCCCACAGAUCGAGGACCGAGCCCUGGACACUGCUCAGAGAGAGUGGGGGGCCUACCAGGGUCGCCUGGAGGAGACCCAGGCCCAGCUGAGGGCGACGCUGACCAGACUGAGGCAGAUGGGCCAAAGGUUCCUAAGCCUGGCCCAGUGGCUGGAGGAGCUGGAGAAGGUGGCGAAGCUCAGACAUCAUCGGAGGUCGGACAGAGACAAAAAAGAGACUCAGCUGAAGAAACUCAAGGGGUGCUUGGAGGCAGUGCUCGCGCGGCAGGGAGAAGUCGACGGCCUCUCCUCUCUGGCCCAGCAGGUUCUGGAUGAAACCUACAUCAGUAGUCGUGUUAGCGUCACUGCCACUCAGCUCACCGCCCGCUACCACUCACUGCUGCUCAACAUACAGGACACCAUCAAGCAGCUGCAGGAGGAGCUGAGGAGUAUUGAAGAGGCAGAAAAUCUUUGCAUGUCGUUCACCGACUGGCUCAACUCGACCCAGAAAGGCUUCACACUGUUGACUGAUGCUUCUGAACCUCUGGACCGGGUUGCCAUGGAGAAGAAGCUGAAGAAACUAGAGGCUCUCCAGUCAGAGCUCCAGCAUGGCCACAGCUUCCUGAAAUCCCUGAGGGAGCGGGCGGAACAGGCAGCCGGCUUCCUGGACGAGACGGGAGCUGAGAGUUUGGGAGGGGAGGUGGAGGGUCGUCUUGCCCAGCUGGAGGAGCUCGCAGGCGGGCUGAGGCAGGAGCACAGCUUUCUGGAUCGGGCCUUACUCCUCGCUAAGGAGUUCCAGGACCGGUACAAGGGACAGGCUCAGUGGCUGGUGGAGACGCGAGCUUUGCUCAACACCCCGGUGGAGCCCAAGGCUGAACUAUACCAGCGGAGAGCGCAGUUGGCUAAAUAUAAAGCUCUGCUGCAGAUGGUUCAGUCCCACGAUGGAUCCGUCAGGUCGGUGGUGGAGAAGGGAGACGCUCUGCUGGCUUCGGUCCACUACCCCUCCAUCAGGGACAAAAUGAACAAACUGCAAAGAGACUACACUGAACUCUGCAGAAGAGCCACGGCACAUGUGGAGAAUCUGGACGGCCAGGUGAAGGAACAGGAAGCCUACCACAACGAACUGCAGGAGGUGGAGCGCUGGCUGCUGCAGAUGUCCAGCAGGAUGGUGACUCCUGAUCCCAGUGUCGGGGGCAACUUGGAGGCAGCCACUCAACAGCUGGCCAGACACAAGGCCAUCAUGGAGGAAAUCGCGGGCUUUGAGGAUCGCCUGGCAGGCCUGAAGGAGCGCGGGGACCACCUGGUGAAAGGCUGCAGUGACCGUGUGCAGAGCCGGCUGAGACAGCAGGUCCAGGCUCACCAGCAAGGCACCAGAGACAGCUACUCUGCCAUCUGUAGCACAGCGCAGCGAGUUUAUCAGAGUCUGGACCAUGAGUUACAGAGACACGUGAGUCUCCAGGACACGUUGCAGCAGUGCCAGACGUGGAUCACAUCUGUUUCAGAACAACCAGAACCUCCUGCACACACUUCUCUCAGCCUGGAAGAGGCGCUUCAGCAGGUGAAACACGAGCGAGCUCUCGGGGAGCAGGCCAACACUUACCUCCAACUCCUGUGCUCAACCUAUGACCUGUCAGAGCCAAGGGUCAGGAAAACUGCAGGCUCCAUCCAGGAGGUCAAACUGCAGAAUGAGGAUCGUAUGCUGCUUUUUGAGGAGGUAGCAGACAGCUGGAGGGACGUUGAGGAGCAGAAGGCAGAUCUGGAGCUCCAGCUGAGAGAGACAGAGCAGCAACUUCAGACCCUCAUCAGGAGACCUGCAGAGCUGGAGCCCAAGAUUGCCCAAAACCAGUUGGACAAGGCACAGGAGUUCCUGCAGCACAUCAAGGAGAGACAGUCUGAGGUUACCCAUUUGAAUGAAGCCAUUGGUAGGCUGACAGAUGGACAGGUCUCUCCUGCCUUAGAGGAGAUAAGGAGACUUAGGAGAAGCUGGAUGGACCUAGGCCAGCGGGCUGAGGAGCUGGAGGCUCAGCGGGGGGAGGACAUGCAGCGAAGCGGGGAGUACCAGGAGAGCGUAGUAGCUGUGGAGGAACUCUUCCACCAAGUAUCCAGGGAAUGGGACUACCUCGCCAGGGCUGACACAGAAAGUACAAGUGAGCAUCUAGAGGCCCUCAAGAAGUUGUCCAGUGACCUGGGGGAGCAGAGAGCAACUCUAGAAGAUGUCAGAGACCAGAGACAAGCUAUUCUGCCUCGACUUAGCCUGCUAGACAAAGAGCUGGUCAAGCAACAGGUGGGUCACCUGGAGCAGCGCUGGGCCCAGCUCGAAUCCCUGAUUCAGCAGAAGAUCCAGGAUUCUGCACAAACCCUGGAGGAUCUGUCUCGGGUGGAAACCCAGCUGAGGGAUGCCCGGGAGUGGGUGGAGGAGCAGCGGCCUGCGCUUACAUCUGCGUUGAAAACCAGCCCACCCCCCGACCUGGCCCAGAGUUUUCUGUUUGACCACUUGAGUGUAUGUGUGGAACUUGAGGCCCGUCAGCAGCUGCUGGGUCAGGCAGUGAGCGAAGCCCAAGCUGUGACGUCCAGGCUGGGGCUGAGUGAGAAGAGAGGCCUUCAAGGGCUUGUUGAACAAGCCCAGACUGAGGUGGAGACUCUGGGGGCUCGGGUGGCCCAAAGGAGGAAGUACCUCAGUAAGGCCUUCACAGAGAGAACACAGUUCCUACAAGGAUUGGGGAGAGCACUGACCUGGGUACAACAACAGGAGAGGAAGGCUUUGAUCGAUGACCACAUAGCACUUCUCCCGGAGGACCUGGCCAAACAGGUCGCUGCAUGUCGGAGCGUCCAGAGCAGUUUACGAGCUUACCAGAGGGAGCUGACAUCUCUCUGGGUACAAGGGCGAGAGCUGGAGAGAGACGCCACCGAUAAAGAAAGAACAGAAACCCUGGCAAGACUUGAUGAACUACAGUCGAUCUUUGAAACGGCCCUCGAGAGGACCACUCAACGUCUCACGGACCUAGAAAAAGCCUUAACCUCUCGGAAGUACUUUCAGGUUGACCUGGACAAGACUUGCCAAUGGUUGAGACAAGCAGAGGCCAUCACCUUCCCGGAAAUCAAUCUAAGCAACAUUGAUGAAAACUCCGAAUUACAAACACAACUGUCAAACUUUCAAAAUGUCCUAGAACAAGCUUCAGAAUAUGAGAACCUCCUGCUUAUCGUCCAAAGAAUAGGCCAGGAGAUCCUUCGUACUCUAAAUGAGAUUGACCAUUGCUACCUAGAUGAGAGGCUCAAUGCUCUGCCUCAGCAGUACAACGCCAUCCUAGCUCUAGCCAAAGAGAAGAAAGACAGAGUCCAGCAAAUAGUCCUGGAGAGAAAAGAGUUCAGCACUUUCUUUGAUAUCACUCGUAAUGCACUGGAGGAGCUACAGGAGCAGUUUGACAAUCUGGAGAAUCAGACUAUCAGUGUUGGAGAGGAGGAGGUUGUUUGUCUAAUCAAUGAAUACAGGAAUAUUAAUGAGAGUUUAUUCCACAUUAGUCCAGCUGUGAGAGAACUUCGUGGGAAAAAUGAAGGAUUCCGGUGCAGAGGUCAGCAUAACAGAGCUGAAGAGACCCAGCAGCUGAUCUGUCUCCAGGACACACUGAAGACGAGGAAUGAUCAGAAAAUUCAACACUUAGAGAACUCCUUAAGAGUUGGAGUAGAACACAACAGAGUAUUUACCGAUACGGAUUCAGAGUUGAAGUCUGUUAAAGAGAAACUGGUCAGACUGAAGUCAGACAAAGACGUAGGAGCCAUAGAUAAAAUCACAAGUCUUUAUUCGCUGCUAGAAAGACUGGACGGUGUGAUCUUUCAGACUGAAGAAUGUAACCAUCAAACUGAAGGCCUUGGACUGAAGUUUGAACCCACUGCCUUUCAAGAAGCGACAUCGCAGCGUGAAUCACUGCGGUCGUUACGGACUGAGGUGAAAUGUUUUGUCGGCGAAAGUGAAACCAAAGUCACGAAAAAGGACGAUUUCACAAGAGAGACUGAGAAAACGCUGCAGUGGCUGAAGACUAUCAAGGAGAAAUUGGAGGAGCCGUUGACCUUGACAGAGGUCAAAGUUGAGAGGGUGCACGAGGAAGUGCGCAGACUGAAAAUCAUAGAGGAGGAAGUGGGAAGUAGAUUGAGGAUGACGGAUGCCUUGGGGAGCAGAGAAAAGCAGAGGUGUUGUAGUAGAAAAGAAACUGUGCCAGCCCACGUGGAAAAGAAACUGCAGGAGGUGGAAAAGCUGGGAGCUGGAGUUCAGGAAGGCGUUAGAAAGAAACAGCUGGCUGCGGAUAAAGCUGUUUCCCUGGUCCAGAGGCAGCACUUAUCUCUGCAGACCAUGCAGAAAUGGCUGGACUCUGCCGCAGCUUUGCUCCUGAGGGCCAGCUCAGGGCUGGAGCUGGAGAACCAGACGGAUUGUGUGCGGGACCUGGAAGAGAUCUCAGCCGAGGAAAAGAGUUUCACCGUCGCUUUAGAGGAGCUGAGGACUCUGGAUCCCCUGCCGGUGGAUCUAACGGAACCAGGAGUGCGGAGUGGAGAAAAAGUUGAGAAGAUGCAGCUGAAAAACACAGAAGUCAAACAUCAACUGGCUGCUUAUAGAGAAGUGUUGCAGAGGUGUGCCGUUCUAUGGAGCUCCUUCCAACAUGAGCGGGAGUCGCUGGUUGCACAGAUGAACGCUGCAGAGAGCAAGAUGGCCUUGUUCACCACAGCCAUAGCCACCAGCAGCCAGCAGGCAGAGGACAAGUGUCGGAGAUACAAGUCUCUGGUGGAUCACAUCGACCUGCUGGAGGUGCCGCUAAGUGCUCUGAAGGAGAAUGCCGCGGAGUUAGAGACGAUCGUUUCCGAGUACGGCAAAAGUGUCACCAGCCACUCUGUGUCGUCGCUAUGGCAACGGUGGAGCAGGCUACGCAGUGUAGCCCGGGCCCAGGAGAGGGCGCUGGAGGACACCGCCAGGGAGUGGAGGAACUUCACAGAGAGGAUGGACAAGGUGCGCUCCGUGUCCAAUGACCUCCACACGCGUGUCCCAGACAGCACGGUGGAGAAGGCUUCCACCAGGACGGCGCUCCAGAGCCUCCUGGAGUACCAUGACUCCUUCAGCCAGGAGGUGGAGAGAGAGCAGUCCAUCCUGGCCCUGCUUGGGCAACACACCCGCAGCCUCAGAGGAGAGGAGGAAGAGGAGGAGGAGAAGCAGGAGGUGGAGGUGGAGAAAGAGAAAGAGACAGAGAACGGAAAGGAGGAGACACCGUGCCUACAAGAGAUCAGAAGUAUGCAGGGGCAGUAUGACAAUCUUCUGCUGCGGGUGAGGACGAGCAGAGCUCAGGUGCAACAGGAGCUGAGGGAAAGAGAGGAUGUUGAAAAGGAGCUGGGUUUGGUCAAAGGAUGGAUCCAAGACACUCGUGGCUUACUGCUGAGUCCGACCGCCGACCUGGAUUCACUGCUCCAAGAGCUAGAGACUGCACACGGUGAGGUCAUCAGCAGGCGUCAGAGUGUGGAGCGUAUGACUGAGCUGCAGCAGUCCAAGUACCACGACCUCCAGGCCGGUCUGCCCUCAGAGCUCAGCAUGCAGCUGGCCGAGGUGGCUCUGGCUCUGGGUUCCGCUGAAGACCAGGUCCAAGCACGUGAGAGGGAGGUGCAGCAGAACAGAGAUGUGAAAGAGGACUUCAGCUCCCGACUCCAGGACAUGGAAGCGAAGCUGAAGACCAUCGCUCUGAAACUGGAAGACAAGAGUGCCGACCUGGAGGAGGCCAAAGAAGAGACCAAAGCUCUUUGUGAAGAGUGUGAGUCGUGCUCUCGCUCUCUGGCAGAGCUGGGGGUGGCGGUGCAGGAGUUUGGGGAGCAGAACCCUCUUCUGUGUAAGCAGCUCGGCGAUGCUGUGGCCAAACUGACAGAGGUGCAGCGGCACACCACACAGCAGGUCCAGGACAGAGCCAACAGACUGAAGAAGGCAGAGAGACAGGUGGAUGAAUAUCAGGGAAUGAAGGCGUUCAUUUUGGGCUGGACAGAAAAAGCAGAAGUUCUGGUCACUGGUCACAUCAUCUGGAGCUCAGCGUCACAGCUGCAGGAGCAGAUUCGAGCACAUCAGGCGCUGCUGCGGGAGUGUCGGGGUCUCCAUGGGGACUUGGAGGCCAUGGGGGAAAGGGAGGGGCAUCUGGGGGAGGUGCUGCAGACGGAGGGGUGGAGCCUGCAGGUGAACCACCUCAGCAGACGCACGGAGGAGCUGCAGCAAACGGCCAAGACUCGUCUGCAGCGUCUGCAGGAUGCAGCAAAGGACAUGUUGCGUCUGGAGGCAGAAGUCAAGAACCUCCACUCGGCUGUGGACCAGAUCCAGGUCACGCUCGCUUCCCCUGACCUCAACAGACUCAGCCUCAGAGAGCAGCUCACACAGAGACAGCGUCUGUUGGUGGAAAUGGAGGGCUUCAAGCAGCAGGUGGCGGCAGUGCAGCGGUGUCAGAGCGCCCUCCGGCUACCAGAGGAGGUAGUGGCCAGCCUGCCGACCUGCCGCACAGCUCAGACUCUGCAGCAAGAGGCCAGCCAACUGCAGCACACCACCAUCCAGCAGUGCAACAUCCUGCAGGAGGCUGUGGUGCAGUAUGAGCAGUACGAACAGGAAGUGAAGAACCUCCAGAGAUUGAUAGAAGAAGCCCAUCGAAUCAUUCAGGACCGGCCCGUCUCCACCAAUAACAUACAGGAGCUUCAGGCUCAGAUACACCACCAUGAGGAGCUGGCCCAGAAGAUCCGUGGCUACCAGGAGCAGAUCGCCUCGCUCCACUCCAAGUGCAAGAUGCUGACGGUGAAGGCCAAACACGCCACCAUGCUGCUGACGGUCAACGAGGUGGACGGCCUGUCGGACGGCAUGGACGAGCUGAGUGAUGAGGAGCUGCCAAGCGCCGUGGCAACCGGCGCCGCCAACAAGCAGCUUCCUGCACACCCCUCUGUCGUCAUGAUGACAGCCGGCCGCUGCCACACACUCCUCUCCCCCGUGACCGAGGAGUCAGGGGAGGAGGGAACCAACAGCGAGGUCUCCUCUCCCCCUGCCUGCCGCUCCCCCUCCCCAGGGGCUAACGCUGACGCUCCUCUUAACCAGGGUCGAGGCACUUUAAGCCGAGCGCCCCUCCAGGAGCUGUAUGACCCAUCCAUGGAGUCGAGCGCUGCUAACCUGGAUGACCUGCAGAGAUCCUGGGAAACACUCAAGAAUGUGAUCAGCGAGAAGCAGAAGAGUCUGUACGAGGCUCUGGAGCGGCAGCAGCACUACCAGGAGUCCCUCCAGUCCAUCUCCACCAAGAUGGAGUCCAUCGAGGGGGCGCUCAAUGAGGGGCUGGAGCCCAGCAAGACCCCCGAGAGCCAGAUGGCUGCCCAUCAGGCUCUGAUGGAUGAGAUCUUGAUGCUGCAGGACGAGAUUGGAGAGCUACAGACGUGUUUCUCUGAGGAGCUGGCGGACAGCGACAGUGACGGGGAGCCGGGAGACCAACUGGCGCUCCAGUCUACUCUCACUGUCCUGGGGGAGAGGAUGGCCACCAUUCGAAUGAAGGCCUCAGGAAAACGGCAGCUGCUGGACGAGCGACUGAGCGAGCAGCUGGAGGAGCAGCGACAGGAGCAGGCGCUGCAGCGUUACCACAUCGAGGCCGAGGAGCUGGACCACUGGCUGCUCAGCACUCGUGCCACUCUCAGCUCGGCCCUUCAGCUCCAAAACAAAGACCUGGACAUGGAGGAGCAGCUCAUCGACUGUCAGAACAUGCUGUUUGAGAUCGAGCAGAAGGUGUCCUACUUGUCGGAGCUGUCCGUGCACAGUGAGAGUUUGCUGAUGGAGGGCCGGGGGGAGACCAAGGGAGAGGCGGAGCAGCUCACCUUCAAACUGCACUCCCUCAAAGACAGCCUCCUGGAGCUGCAGCAGAUGCUACAGGACAAACAGGUGGACAUACAGGGUUCAUUGCAGGAGCAGGAGGACAGUGAGCCAGACUCAUCUCUGUCCCAGAGUCCUAAUGUCCAGGAUUGGUUGUCUCAGGCCCGGUCAACACGCACACAGCAACAACACGACAACCUGCUGCGGCAGAGAGAGCUACAGAUUCAGGUCGCUGAACAGAGGCGUCUGCUUCAGUCUGUGGCAAGUGUAGGGGAAGAGUUACUCAACCAACAGACCACACCCAACGGGGACAGCGAGGUGUCCAUCCCAGGGGGAAUGUUGCUGGAGACCGAGAUGUUGUCUCCUUUGGAUCAGAUGAGGCAGCGCUGGGAAAACCUGAAUAAAGAUCAGAGCACAAAGCUGCAGCUCUCUCUUAACACCCUGGAACAGGACCAACUCAGCCCGGUCGUCCACCGGUCCCGUCUGUCCAGUCCCAGUAUGGUGUUUAGAGGCGAGUCUGGCAGCCAGGACUCUCACUCUCCCAGAGCUUUGUUUGAGGCCUGCAGCCAGACUCUGGAAAGAAUCGCCCAAGAGGCUGCGGGUAGUGACAGUAAACUGGCAGUGUCUAUUGGAGGGGUGACAGUCCAGCAGGAUCUGUAUAGUGCAGUUUCAGGAGCCUCUUUCUGGCUGGAUGCUGCGGAGAAUCAGCUGCUUUCUGGUCCUGUGCUGCUACUCGAGGACACAGAGACGCAGCUCAACAGUCUAGAGGGUUUGAAUAAACAGCUGAAGGAGAUGACCAGGGAGGUGAACCAGUGCAGAGACCUGCUGGGCGGAGGAGCAGGCCGGCUGUGUGGAGUCGAGGAGCAGGCUCUGAUGGAGGACACCCUGGAGGGUCUGCAGGAGAGGAUGGGCCUGCUGGACUCCACCCUGGAGCAGCACUGCGACACCAUGCGAGACAGGCUGCAGGAACACUCAUCUUUCCAGAACGAACUGAGGAUGCUUUUCACAGCUCUGAGUGAAAGUAAACACCAGCUGCUGGAAAAGAUGGCGGGAAGCGCAGACAGACCUGCAUCCAAACAGAUCGAGGCGUUAUCAGAAGUGGAGGACAGUCUGAGGGAGUUUGAGCAGAGAGUGAGUGAGCUGAGGACCAGGGCAGAAGGACUCCAGUCUGAACAAACCUCUAAUCAGGAACUACUCAAACUGCAGGAUGCAUACGAAGAGCUGGUGCUGAUGGUGGGCUCCAGACGUAGCAGCCUUAACCACGGCUUGUCCCUCAAGGCCCAGUAUGAGGCUGCACUUCAUGACCUCACUGACCUGGUGGACACCGCUCAGGACAAGAUGGCUGCUGACCAGAAGAUGACAGUGGCCUCCGUCAUAGAGGUCCAGAUGUUACUUGACAAACACAAAGAGUUCUUUCAGGGUCUGGAAUGCCAUAUGAUCCUCACCCAGACAUUUUACAGUAAAGUGUCCUCUCUGGUGGCACCGAGGGAGAGCCAGGCCCUGGAGGAGACCAUGACUUUAGCCCACAAUGUGCUCAAACAGGCCCACAGAAGGGGAGUGGAGCUGGAGGGCAUAUUGGAGUCAUGGAGCAGGCUUGUUGAAGACUACCAGGCUCUGUGUAGACAGCUGGAGGCUGUGGAGUGUAGCAUCCCCACUGUGGGUCUGGUAGAGGAGACAGAGGAGAGACUCGCUGAAAGGAUCAGUCUCUAUCAGCGUCUGAAGGCCAGCCUGACGGAGCAUCAGCCCCAGCUCUACCAGGUUCUGGAGGAGGGCAAGAGGCUUCUGCUGUCUGUUGGCUGCUCAGACUUGGAGAACCAGCUCACACAACUUGGAGAACACUGGCUCUCCUCCACCACCAAGGUCAACAAGGAGCUGCACCGCCUCGACUCAACGCUCAAACACUGGAGCAGGUACCAGAGUGAGUCGGCAGAGUUGAGCCACUGGUUGCAGUCGGCCCUGGACCGCCUAGAGUUCUGGACAACCCAGUCAGUGACAGUGCCCCAGGAGCUGGAGACUGUCAGAGACCACCUCUAUGCCUUCCUGGAGUUUUCCAAGGAGGUGGAUGCCAAAUCGUCUCUGCGUUCUUCUGUGCUAAGCACGGGCAACCAGCUUCUGCGAUUGAAAAGAGUAGAUACCGCUGGUCUGAGGACGGCGCUUGGCCAUAUCGACACUCAAUGGGCUGACCUGCUGACUCAUAUUCCUGUUGUACAAGAGAAGCUACACCAGCUGCAGAUGGAGAAGCUGGCAUCUCGGCACGCCAUCACAGAGCUGAUGAGCUGGAUCUCUCUCAUGGAGAACAUCAUAGACGAAGACCAGGAUAAGAUCAUGGGAGCGGUCGGCUCGGAGGUGGUCCAGAACUUCCUGCAGAAAUAUAAGGGUUUCCGCAUCGAUCUGACGUGUAAGCAGCUGACUGUAGACUUUGUGAACCAGUCUGUGCUGCAGAUCAGCAGUCAGGACGUGGAGGGGAAGCGCAGUGACAAAACCGACUUUGCUGAGAAUCUGGGAGCCAUGAAUAGAAGGUGGCAGAUACUGCAGGGACUUAUUGCUGAAAAGAUUCAGUUAUUGGAAGGACUUUUGGAAGGUUGGUCAGAGCAUGAAAACGGAGUCCAGGCUCUGAAAACCUGGCUCACACUCCAGGAGGAGAAACUAAAGAAGAGACACAGGAUAGAGGAUGUAGCAUCGGUGCAGAAUGCACUGAAAGACUGUCAGGAGUUGGAAGAAUUGGUGAAGGAAAAAGAGAAGGAUCUAGAGAAAGCAGAGGAACGAGGAAACGCUCUCAUCCGGGAUAAGAAAGGAGCAGCCUGCUCUGUUGUCAAGGAGACCCUCAAAGGACUGAACCAGUCCUGGGCUCAUUUGGACCACAUGAUAAGUCAGAUGAAGGUCAGUCUGCGGUCAGUGCUGGAGCAGUGGACGCUGUAUCGGAGAGCCUCAGAGGAGAUCAUUGGUUACCUGAUGGAGGGGAUCUACUCGGUGUCCAGGCUGCGCCUCCUUAACGGGUCUCUAGAGGCAGUGCUGCAGCAGGUGGAGAAUUUGGAGAACCUGCAGGAGGACAUGGACAAACAGGAGAGCAGUCUGAGGAAAUUUGGCUCCGUAACACACCAGCUACUGACAGAGUGCCACCCGUCUGUGGCUGAAACACUCAACAGGGCCCUGAGGGACGUCAACAUGAGGUGGAACGUGCUGUUAGAGCAGAUCUCAGAGCAGCUGAGGAGCAGUAAGGCCUUGUUGGGCCUGUGGCAACGUUACAGGACAUUGUACGGCCUAUGUGUGGCAGCAGUUCAGAAACAGGAAGGGCAUGCUGAUCGCUUGCUGAAGACUGCCACAGAUAAGGAGAUCUCAGAGGAGGAGAGCAGUGCCUGGAUAAAGGACUGCGAUGUUUGCCUUGGCGACCAGGCUUCGGUGCAGGAGUCGCUCCAGAAGCUGCAGGCUUUAGGGGAACAGCUGAAGAGCCAAGUCGACGCCUCCUCCGCUGCAGCCCUCCAGUCAGACCAAGUGUUACUCACACAUCGUCUAGAAACGCUGGAGCACGCCCUUCACAGGCAGCAGGAAGUACUGCAGUCCGGAUCUCAGUCCUGUGACAGUUUCAGAGAGCAGUUGGAAACACUAAUGCAAAACAGUGAGGAGGCUGAGGCGGUGCUGAAGGAGUCGGACACGGUCGGCUCGCCGGAUCUCAGUGUGGUCCAGUCACGUAUGGAAAAACUGAAGGUUCACCUGUUGAGGUUGAGCAGUCUGUCUCCUGACCUGGAGCGGGUGAACGAGCUGGUGUACAGAUUACCAGUCAGUGACAGAGAUGUCAAACAGCUGCAGAGUCUGAACAGAGCCUGGGCCGCUCACUGCGCUCACCUCACUGAGAGGUUCAGUAAACUCCAGGCAGUUGUGCUCCAGCAGCAGAGCUUCCUGCAGAAGUGCGAGGCCUGGAUGGACUUCCUGUCUCAGACCGAGCUGAAGCUGGCCGCUGAGAUUUCAGGCAAUAGUCAGAGUCUGCUGGAGCAGCAGCGAGACCACGAGUUGUUCCAGGCAGAAAUGUUUAGCAGGCAACAGAUUCUCUACUCCAUCAUCAGUGAUGGUCAUCGUAUGUUGGACCAGGGACUAACGGAUGACAGAGACGACUUCAGCGUGAAACUGGCCUUGCUGAGCAACCAGUGGCAGUGCAUAGUGCGGCGGGCCCAGCAGCGGAGAGGCAUCAUCGAUAGCCUGGUCCGCCAGUGGCAGAACUACCGGGAGAUGGCAGAGAAGCUGCAGCGGUGGCUCCAGGAAGUGACUCAUGAUUCAGAUGUUCAACAACCAGGAGAAGCGGUGGCCCUGCAGCAGGCCCGAAACCUGUUAGAUCAGAUACAGCUGAGGGAGCGAGUGCUGCAGAGGCAGCAGGGCGGCUACAUCCUCACUGUGGAGGCCGGCAGGAGCCUGCUGCUCUCGGCCGAUGCCAGGGCGGAGUCCACCCUGCAGACUGAGCUGAUGGAGAUUCAGGAGAGGUGGAGGCACGCCCACCACCGCCUGGAUCAGCAGAGGAGGGCGCUACACAGCCUGCUCAAGAACUGGGAGCGAUGUGAGAAAGGCAUAGAUGCGUCACUGGAGAAGCUGAGGGCCUUCAAGAGGAAGCUGUCUCUGCCACUGCCUGAUCACCAUGAGGAGCUACACUCAGAGCAAAUCAGAUGCAAGGAGCUGGGGAGCAGUGUGGAGGGCUGGACCGACGACCUCACGUCCAUGUUCCUGCUGAGGGACUCCUUGGAGGGCGGGGUUAGUGCAGAUGACAUCACAGUCCUACAGGAACGCCUCCAGCUGCUACAGUGCCAGUGGGAGGAGGUCUGCCACCAGCUUUCCCUGCGCAAACAGCAAGUGAGCGAGAAGUUGAACGAGUGGGCCGUGUUCAAUGAGAAGAACAAGGAGUUGUGCGAGUGGCUCACGCAGAUGGAGAGCAAGGUCUCUCAGAAUGGAGACAUCAGCAUCGAGGAGAUGAUCGAAAAACUGCGCAAGGAUUAUCAGGAGGAGAUCGGAGUCGCUCAGGAGAACAAGCAGCAGCUGCAGGUCAUGGGCGAGCGCCUGGCCAGGUCCAGCCAGGACAGCAAGGCGGCGGAGAUCCAACACAAACUCAGCAAAGUGGGCGAGCGCUGGCAACACCUGCUGGACCUCAUCGCUGCCAGGGUCAAGAAGCUGAGGGAGACCCUGGUGGCGGUGCAGCAGUUAGAUAAAAACAUGAGCAGCUUGCGAUCCUGGCUGGCUCACAUCGAGACAGAGCUGUCCAGGCCCAUCGUCUACGACACGUGUGACGACCAGGAGAUCCAGAGGAAACUCAACCAGCAGCAGGAGCUGCAGAGGGACAUAGAGAAGCACAGCACGGGUGUGGCGUCCGUGCUGAACCUGUGUGAAGUUCUGCUCCACGACUGCGACGCCUGCUCCACGGAGACAGAGUGUGACUCCAUCCAGCAGGCGACCAGAGGGCUGGACCGACGCUGGAGGAACAUCUGUGCCAUGUCCAUGGAGAGGAGGCUCAAAAUUGAGGAGACGUGGAGGUUGUGGCAGAAGUUCCUGGAUGAUUACUCGAGGUUUGAAGAAUGGCUGAAGACCUCAGAAAGAACAGCAGCUCUGCCCAACUCCUCUGGAGUUCUUUAUACUGUCGCUAAGGAGGAGCUGAAGAAGUUUGAGGCCUUCCAGCGUCAGGUGCAGGAGUGUCUCACCCAACUGGAGCUCAUCAACAAACAGUACCGUCGUCUGGCCCGCGAGAACCGCACAGACUCCUCCUGCUGCCUCCGAGGAAUGGUGCAUGAUGGGAACAAGCGGUGGGAUAACCUGCAGAAGAGGGUGGCUGCCAUCCUACGCAGACUCAGGCACUUCAUCAGCCAGAGAGAAGAGUUUGAGACGGCCCGAGACAGCAUCCUGGUGUGGCUGACGGAGAUGGACCUGCAGCUCACCAACAUAGAGCACUUCUCCGAGUGUGACAUACAGGCCAAGAUAAAACAGCUCAGGGCGUUCCAGCAGGAGAUCUACCUGAACACGGGGAAGAUCGAGCUGGUGUUCAGACAGGGCGAAGCUCUGAUUGAGAAGAGUGAACCUCUGGACGCGGCCGUCAUCGAGGAGGAGCUGGAGGAGCUGCAGAGAUACUGCCAGGAGGUGUUCGGACGAGUCGACAGAUACUACAAGAAACUCACGCGUCUGCCUCUCGCUGACGAUGAGCUGGACGGUUCGGACAGAGAGCUCGACAUGGAGGAAGGCGCCGACCUCUCGGAGCUUCAGUGGGGCGACUCCUCUUUGCCCAGGACUUCUAGCCGCCAAGCCACGGGCACGACCGCUCUCAUCCGGGCCGACCGCUCAGGACGGGACACUCCAGCCAGCGUGGACUCCAUCCCGCUAGAGUGGGACCACGACUACGACCUGAGCAGAGGUCUGGAGAGCCCCGGAGGACGAGGCGCCGGGGACAGGAGCAGAGGGCAGGAGGAGGAGGACGGCUAUCUGAGGACGGAUGUCACGGUGCUGUCAGGUGAGCCAGGGCAGCUGGAGGCCAGUCUGAGGCAGCUGGAUCAGGCUCUGGACGCAGGACGGUAUCACCUCCAGCAGAGAGAGGCCAGCGCCAGCCGCUCCAGCCCCGACGUCGACUCCACAUACAUGGGCUACAUGCGUCUGAUGGGAGAGUGUCGAGGAAGUAUAGACACAGUGAAGAGGACGGAGGAAGAGCUGACUGAAGAGGAGGACGACAUGCCGGGACUCAACAACACCACCAACACAGACACUCAGAGUGCUGGUGUGAUCGAGCGCUGGGAGCUGAUCCAGGCUCAGUCCCUGAGCGAAAAGCACCGGCACAAACAGAACCUGCAGCAGUGGCAGCAGCUGAUCUCAGACCUGCAGACCAUGAGGGCCUGGCUGGGUCAGUCCGAGUCUGAGCUCCGGCAGCUGCGAGACCUCCAACUCAGCACCGACAUACACACCAUCCAGCAGAGAAUCAAGAAGCUCAAGGAGCUGCAGAAGGGGAUGGAUGUCCACAAGUCAGAGGUUCUGUCCAUCAACCUGAGCAGCGCAGCCUUCCUCCAGGCGGAGCCCGACUCCGAGGAGGCGUGGGAGUUGAGGGACGGACUGAAAGAGAUGAACUCGCGCUGGGAUCAGCUCGGCACCUCCCUGGAGGACUGGAGGCAGGAGCUGCAGAGGGCGCUGAUGCAGUGCCAGGAGUUCCACGAGAUGAGCCACGGUCUGCUGCUGUGGCUGGAGAACAUCGACCGCAGGAGGAACCAGGUGGUGCCCAUCCCUCCCAGAGUGGAUCGCCAAACGCUACGAGCUCAUCACAAAACCCUCACGCAAAUCAAGCGCGAGCUGCUGGACUCGCAGCAGAAGGUGUCGUCCCUUCAGGAGCUCUCGUCUCAGCUGCUGCUGCAGCCGCCGGGCAGCGAGUGUCUGGAGGCGCAGGAGAAGGUGCACGUGAUCUUCAACAGGCUGAGGCUGCUGCUGAGGGAGGUCAACUCCGACCUGGAGGGGCUGGAGAGGAGGCUGGGCGCCACGGAGACGCGGCAGGUUUUAUUACCGUUACCUGCUGGCAAAUCAGAAACCUGUGGAUCAGCUGCUCCCAUGUCAGAGGCGACGGUCGAGAGUCGCAGACGAUUGCCCCGAGGCAAAAGUAGUCAGGCCCACCGUGGACCCCCAGAGAGCGGCCCGCGCCACAGCCGGAGCAAAUCACAAGGCGCCGCUGGUUGCGUUUCCUCCCGUUCUGACCUUCCGGAUGGCGUCUCCUCCUCCUCGUCCUCCUCCUCCUCGAAGGGUCAGUCCUUCCUGCUGCGAGUCCUCAGGGCCGCGCUCCCCGUCCAUCUACUCCUCCUGCUCCUCAUCGGCCUGGCCUGCCUGGUGCCAAUGACCGAGGAGGACUACAGCUGCCACUACGCCAACAACUUCGCCCGCUCCUUCCACCCCAUGCUGCGCUACACCAACGGACCUCCGCCCAUAUGAGGAGCAGCUGAACACAGACCUGCUUUGCCAAGGACUCUCCACUGACUGAAUGUUUCUUCUUCACCCCUCGUGCCCUAAAGCCACACACUCUUCCCUCUGCUGGGGGGGGGGGGCACAUGCAUUAUGAGGUGAUUCAGAGACCACAUGAAGAUGUCUCUCACCAACAUUGCACACCCACUCUCCUGAAAUCACCUCAACCCUUUAAAACAACCCUCCCGACUGACGGACCCUCCUCUGGAGAACCCCCUCCCCCCAAAUCCAAAUAUUUCAUGUUGUUUUAACUUGUAUAUGUGUAUAUUAUUUGACAAGGUUUCUGAGGAGACCUGUGAAAUCAAUGAAACACAAAGCACUAUUUAUAUACUCUGUAGGGAGCCAAAGCCGACCAUGCUUUUUGUCCACGAUACCCAGUGCUGCUACUAUUUAUUUAGUGUUCGAUCAGUUGAUGGAUUUUUAGUAUUGAUGAAGCUGAAGCACCACCAGUGUGAUAUACUGCACCGGUACCGAUUUGCAGUUACGUGAAGAGUUUCUUCCCAAAACACACAUUUGCAGAACGUGUCAGAUAAAUUGACAGAAACAAAACUCAACAGGAAGUUGGAAAACACGGCUUCCUGUCGUCUGAUGCUCACAUAUCAAAAAGAACCGGCUUGAAUCUGGAAAUGAAGACGAUGAAGCUACACAUCUGAACCUACAGCACUGACAAAGGUACUGCACUGAAGCCGUCCAGCCAAGAUGGCCGACUUCUUUCCCCCAGAAGCUGAGGCUUGUAUUCCUGUUUUUAAUUUCAGUUUUUAAUCAGCCGGAGCCCGUCUGAAAAAACAACAACUUGCGAGCUCUGUCGUUAAAGACCAACUGAUUUGUAUAUUAUUGUUGAAAUGCCUUUUAAAAUGCAGGUGGUUAUUUUUUUAUCUUUCCGUUUGAGCGUGCAACUUGAAAGUCCUCUGAUUUUAAGAAAGCCAAACAAUCACUGGUAGUGUUUUAGUACAUGGCUGUGUGUGCUUUGUAAUAACCGCGCCAAUUAUUCUGCAGCGAUGACGCAAUCGCUGCGUUGUUGAGAGAAUCUGUAAAAAAAAUGAUGAAAUAUGAAAAUGCUUAUUUAUGUAUGUACAGUUUGCUAAUGCCGACUUCAUUAAGAAUACUCUCUUUACAAAUAAUAAAACAUGAAUUAUUUAA